CGUGCCUGUAAUAAUCACCUAACUUUAGUUUACGAUCUACUUCUAGUGUAACUUGAACAAAGUGAAAUAUCUUCAUCAUGUCUUUUUGUAAUCUAAAUGAUCACGUAUUAAUUAAAGAUGAAAAUAUUGAAGUUGAACAAUUACAUGCAGAAAUAAUAAUUAAGAACGAACUCGAUGAAGAAGAAAAAUAUUCAAGUGAUGUUGAGGAUAAAAUAUUUACUAGCCAAAGUUACACAUUACCCACGAGUUCCGUUAAUUAUAAACAAGAAAUUGAAGAAGUACUAUUAGAAGAAAAACUUGAUGAAUUAUUAGAAGAAAAAUAUUCAAGUGAUGUUGAGGAUAAAAUAUUUACUAACCAAAGUUAUGCAUUACCCACUAGUUCUGUAAAUCAUAAACAAGAAAUUGAAGAAGUAAUAUUACCUAGUGAUGUAACAAAACAAAAAGGAGAACUUGAAGAAAUAGUAGAGAAAUAUUCAUGUGAUGUUGGGGAGAAAAUAUUCGCUCAAAGUUUUCCAUUAAUCGUCGAUUCCAAAAAUGAAAAACCAAUACUUUCUAGAAGUAAAUUUUCAUGUGACAUUUGUGAUAAAAAAUUUAACCGACGUAAAGAUUUAUUAGGACAUAAACGAAAACAUUCUACCCAUCGUUCGACUUUAUUUCAACAUAAACCAGGAAACAGGAGAUUUUCAUGCAAUGUUUGUAAUAAGACAUUUACACUUAAAAGCACAUUAAUUAGACAUAGAAGAAUACAUACCGGAGAAUUAUCGUGUGAUGAAUGCGAUAAAAAAUUUACUACAAAUUCAAAUUUAAUUGAACAUAAACGCAAACAUGACGUCAUAAAAUCGUCUCCAUGUGACGUAUGUGGUGAGAUAUUUUCUCUUAAAGAUUCUUUAAUUAAACAUAAACAAACGCAUUUCGAAGGAGGAAAAAUGUUUGUGUGUGACGUGUGUGAUAAAUCAUUUAAAUCUAAAGGUUAUUUACUUAAACAUAAACAAAUACAUACCGGGAGAAAACCUUUUCCAUGUGAUGUUUGUGGUAAAUCAUUUACUCGACGAAACUAUUUAGAAGAUCAUCAACGAAUACAUACCGGGGAAGAACUUUUUUCAUGUGAUUUUUGUGAUAAGACAUUUGUUUAUCGAAGUAGUUUAACUGUACAUAAACUUACGCAUACUGGAGUUAAAUUUUUUACAUUUUUAGUCCAACAUAAAAGAAUUCAUACCGGAGAAAAACCAUUUACAUGUGAAGUUUGCGGUAAAGCUUUUAGUCUUACAAGUAAUUUAAAUAAACAUUUGCGAAUUCAUACAAGAAACACUAAAACUUUUGAUAGUAAAACCAUUACCAGCGAUAGGGAAAAAAUUUUCCCGUGUAUUGUUUGUAAUAAAAGAUUUACUAACAAAGCCUAUUUAUCAAAACAUAGUGUUAUUCAUACAGGAGAAAAACCAUUUUCAUGUGAAGUAUGUGGUAAAAAAUUUACUCAUAAAAGCAGUUUUGUUAAACAUAAACGAAUUCAUACGACGGGAGAAUCGUUUUCAUGCGAUAUUUGUGGUAAAUUAUUUACUCAACGCACUUAUUUAGUUGUGCAUCGAAAAGAGCAUGCUGAUCUAAAGGAAUUUGUUUGUGAUAUUUGCUAUAAAACGUUUACUCAAUAUACAAUUUUAAUCGAACAUAAACAAAUUCAUGAAGAAAAACCAUUUACGUGUGAAGUAUGCAAUAGAGCAUUUGGUCUUGAGAGUUAUUUAAAAAGUCAUUUACGAACUCAUACAAGAGACACUAAAACUUUAACCGGUGAUAGCAAUUUCAGUACAAUUAGCCAACAAAAACAUUCGGAGGAAGGUGAAAAACCAUUUUCAUGUGAUAUUUGUAACAAACGGUUUUUAUUAAAUAAAUAUUUAAUAAAACAUAAACGUUUACAUACUGAAGAAAUAUCAUUUGCAUGCGAUUUUUGUGAAAAACGAUGUAAUAACAAAUAUAAUUUAAUUCAACAUAGACGAGUUCAUACAGGGGAAAAACCGUUUGCGUGUGAUCUUUGUGACAAAAAAUUUUCACAAUUAAGUGGUUUAAAACAGCAUAAAACUACACACAACAAACCACAGAAAGAUAUUAAUGUACGUAAAAGUAUGCAUACUAAAGAAUUACGUAUUAAAUGUGAGUAUUGUGAUAAAAGAUUUCCACGAAAUUUUGAUUUAAUUCAACAUACACGGGUGCAUACAGGAGAAAAACCAUUUUCAUGUGAAGUUUGUGAUAAAAAGUUUUCACAGCCAGCUGGUUUAAAACGACAUAAAUGUACUCAAAAUUGAUUUUAUGUAAUGUAUGAAUCAUUGUUGUUAAAAGACUAUUGAUAACUGGAAGUUGCAACCUUAGAUCAUAUAUUUUAAAUAGAUGAGCCCAGCGUAUACCAAAAACACGUAAUACCGAAGGAUGGUAUUCAAUGCAAAAAACAGAGCUUUACAUCCAAUAAUAUUAAAUGAAAACAAUUGUA